UGCCUUGUGCCUCUGUGGGCUGAGAUGACGACAAACCAGUGUGUGGGUGGAGAGAGAAAUGGAAAAAAAGAGGGGGUCUCUGACUUCCAGAACAGUAGACUCUUCAUCACUUCACUUUAUCUCCUCGCGAGGUCAAUGUAUGGCGCCUGAGACCCUGGACCUUGCCCGGAAAACUACAAUUCCCAAGAUGCAGUGGUGCAGGUGGGCAGGCAACUGGAAAUCACACCUGCCAGGAAAGUCCUCUGGGCCGGAGCAGGACGACUCCUUCGACUUCCUCUUUAAGAUCAUCCUGGUGGGAGACUCGGACGUGGGGAAGACCUGCGUGGUCCAGAGCUUUAAGUCUGGUGUCUUCAUGGAGAAACAACAAAACACUAUCGGGGUGGACUUCACCGUACGCACCAUGGACAUUGAUGGCAGGAAGGUCAAGCUGCAGGUGUGGGACACGGCUGGACAGGAGCGUUUCCGCACAAUCACCCAGAGCUAUUACCGCAGUGCCCAUGGCGCUAUAGUGGCCUAUGACAUCACACGGCGUCCAACGUUUGAAUCUGUGACACACUGGAUCCAGGAAGUAGAGCAGUACGGGGCUGCUAGCGUUGUUCUCAUCCUCAUUGGGAACAAGUCGGAUCUGCAGUCGGAGAGACAAGUGCUGUUUGAGGAUGCCUGUACUCUGGCUGAAGGGAAGGGUGCGCUGGCCGCCUUGGAAACCUCAGCCAAGGAGGCCCAGAAUGUGGAGGCAGCCUUCGUGCUAAUGGCCCGGGAGCUGAUGGUUAGGAACGGCCUGACCAUCACAGACGAACACUCACAGGCCUCCCCACACUUCCCAAACUCCCAUCCUAUCCAUGGCUCCGAUUCCACGGACAGGAAAUCAUGUUGUUGAGAGAAUUGAUGGGCAAGGUGGACAAGAGGUUGUUGUGCUGAUGGUCCUGAUAACUGUAUAAUUAACCUAGAGAUAAACUAUAAUUGUCUGGAAUCAACGUUGCCACAACGCCCGCUAGUUUUAGACUGCCACAUUUAAAGGUGCUGUCAAGAAGCGUGUUGGGAUAGAGGCUAGGGGUUUGGGAUGUGUGUGUCUACUAUAUUGUGCGUUGGUGGGGAUGGAAUAGAUACAAGUACUGUAGUGAUGAUUGAGACUAUCACUGCCACUGAAAAGUCCCACUCCAGCUGUAUUUUCUAUCUAGUAUAAAUACAGUACACACAUUUAGGGGUAAAAAUAAAUACAUGUUUUGAGCAAAAUAGUAAAAAAAAAAUAAUAAAUUAAACACAAUUGCGAAAUUCAAGAGUUUGCCAAAACAAGGAGUUGGUCUGAUGGUGCACUCUGAUGUCAGAUCAGAUGUUCCCUUUGCUUGCAGGAACAAUAGAGGAGCAAUGGACCACCUAUUUUAGGGAGGCUGGAGUGGGUCUUUAACUGUAGGAGCAAUGGACCACCUAUUCUAGGGAGGCUGGAGCUGCAAUGGACCACCUAUUCUAGGGAGGCUGGAGCUGCAAUGGACCACCUAUUCUAGGGAGGCUGGAGCUGCAAUGGACCACCUAUUUUAGGGAGGCUGGAGUGGGUCUUUAACUGUAGGAACAAUAACCACCUAUUUUGUUAAGUGAAUCAGGAGAUAAAUUAAGUUCUAGGGAGGCUGGAGUGGGUCUUUAACUGUAGUUUUAAACUUGGCUGCCAGUAGUCACAUGCACCUGUCCUUAUCGUACUUAACCUACUACUAUUGUCUAAAACGUAACCAGUAUUUAAUAACCAAACGUGGUAAAAGUAUCCUCUGGCGUCCUGUGGUCUAUUGUAUGUGUCAGAAUGACUGGUUUCAAUGAACACUCCUAUUGUUUGAUCUUUUACCUUAAAAAAAUAAUAAUUGUC